AUGCACAUGAAAGAGCAGCACCAGACCCGCCUCGUUCUUGAGCAGCUAACACCUCGUCCUGCCUCUUCCUGCCACCACUGCCGCCACUGCUACCUGCCAGCCGCCACUGCUGCUGCUACCCGUGCAUGCACAUGGCACGUGCUGUGCUUACAGAGCAGUGAGGCUGGGCCAGGAGGACAGGAUGAGGAGGAGGAGGAGGAAGAGGAGGAGGAGGAGGAGGAGGAGGAGGAGGAGGAGGAGGAGGAGGAGGAGGAGAGGGGGGCGAGGGAGUAA